AUUAUUUAGAAAUUAAAAUAGUGAUAAAAAUAAAAAAUAAAUCGAUAGGAAAGAGAGCGUGUCGGUGUGGGCCCAGAAAGAAACGGUGGGAUCUUUCUUUCUUCUUCUAUUUUCUUUCUUUCUGGUUCUUCUUCAAAUCGAGAGAGAGUAGACUCUAAUUCGAUUUCUCUCAAGUCCUAUGGACUCUAAUUCUCAACAACCUCCUUCAGCUAGUAAUCGUCCCCCAAAACCUUGGGAACGGGCAGGUUCAUCAUCUGGCCCUGCACCAUUCAAACCUCCAUCACCGGGAAGCACAAGCGACAUAGUCGAGGCUUCAGGAACCGCAAGACCUGGAGAAAUUGUUUCCACUUCUGAUAGGAUUAAUACCCUUAACACUAACACACUUUCUAGGCCUGUUCCCACAAGGCCUUGGGAGCAAAACUACGGGACGAGCAAUACCUUAGGAGGUUAUGGUUCUACAAUGAAUGGUGGAGUUGGAGGAAUGUAUGGGAGCUCGUACGGUGGAGUGGGAGGAAUGUACGGUAACUCCUCGUAUGGUGGAGCUGGAGGGAUGUAUGGCAGCACUUAUGGUGGAGCUGGGGGAAUGUAUGGGAACAGCAUGUACAGAGGAGGAGCAGGGUAUGGAGGGGGACUUUAUGGAUCUUCUGGAUUAUAUGGGGGUGGGAUGUACAAUGGUGGUAUGGGAGGACAAAUGGGUGGCUAUGGAAUGGGCAUGGGAGGUGGUCCUUAUGGAGCUGAAGAUCCAAAUAAUCCAUAUGGUGCUCCUUCAUCUCCUCCAGGAUUUUGGAUGUCAGUACUAAGAGUGAUGCAGGGUGUAGUAGGCUUUUUCGGUCGCAUAUCAAUUCUCAUUGACCAGAAUACACAAGCUUUUCACUUGUUCAUGACUGCUUUUCUUCAGCUUUUUGAGCGCUCUGGCAUGUUGUACGGAGAGCUUGCCAGAUUUGUAUUUAGGAUUCUAGGGAUCAAAGUAAAGUCAAGAAAGGUUCACCAACUAGGUCCUGAUGGACGCCCACUUCAACUACCAGGACCACCCGGACACCAAAACCAGUUCCAGAACCAGAACCAGAACUACAUCGAGGGGCCUAAGGCUUCUGCACCUGGUGCUUGGGACAAUGUUUGGGGAAAUGAGGCUGGUAACCAAUAAUGAAACCAACUGAAAACGACAAUGUAUAACUUUUCUUUGACCCGGGGAGUUUGCUGCAGUUUCGGUCAACAUUAUCUGAAGCUCUCCCUCUGUCAAGGCGGUACAUGAUCAAAUUGAUGAGUGUGUGUCAUGUGGAGAUGUUAUGUAAUACGGGAUAUAGGUUAUUCUAUAGUUGUCAUUGGGUUAAACAGACCAGUGAAAAUAAAGAAAUAAAAAUGAGAUGUUAGUCAUUAUAAUAUAUAGUAUGAAAUUAAAUUGAACUUGAUAUUAUUCAUAUUUGUAUCAUUUCAUAUUGAAAGUUUAAUUUCAUCACAUUUUUCUUA